UCGUGCUUCAAAAGCGUUGCUAUGGGAACUUUUUUUUUUGUUUUACUGAGAGAAAAUCAAUGUUCUGAUUAAUUUAAAAUGCCGAUUUUAAUAAAUAAAGAUGAAUGGUCGCGUAUAGUCAAAUGGACGGAUCACGACCGGGAAGAUCCAGAGGUCGUCCGCAGACGAGAAUAUGUUAAAUAUCUAGAUUCUAAAAGCAAAGAAAUGACAAAGUCUUGGCCGAACUCGGUAGAGAAUGUCAACAAACGUAAUGAAGAACUCCGUCGUGAAAGAAUCGAAGCGGCUGAAAAAGCCAACGCCGAGUUUUACAAAAGUUAUAUAAAGAAAAAGAAAGAGGAACAACAGAGGAUGAUGGCCAGCGCCAGGGAAACGAUAUUCAAGAACAAAGAUGCGCCUAAACUUUUACUUAGCUCCGUAAUCGAGACCGUUAUACAAAAGGAGCGCAUGGAACAACUAAAAUUUCAAGAGAAACUGCGACAGAUAAAAGCUGAACAAAAGAAGAAAAAUGAUGACGAAAUUAUAGCGAAAGCAAAGCAGUGGAACAAAUUGAUUGAGUUGAAAAAGAAGCGAAGAUUUGAUGCAAACAAGCAACACCAGAAAGAAAUAACAGAGCAAGCCAACGAGAUAGCAGAGCGUAACAGAAAAGAAUACGAGACGGAAUUGAACCUGCAGAAGAUCGACAACAUAAAAGCAGAUGAACAAAUGACCGCUAUUAAAAAGUUUGAAGAAAAUUUCAAAGCAUCGGAGAAGGCUCGCAUCUGGUCGGACAUGGAGCGCUCGCGCCAGGAGUCGGAGGCGCGUCGCAACGAACAAGCCGCCAGAGAACGCUUGGAUGACAAGCUGCUCGAAGUGCUGCUGCGGUCCCGGGCCAGGAUAGAACGGAGACGAGCCCAAACCGAAUUAGAUGUGAAGAACGAGAAGCUGCGAGUGCUGGAAAAAAUAAGCCAGCGCCUGGAGUCCGGGGACGCAGCCCGGGAACAGCACGAACAGGCCAUUUUGAAUAAAGCCAUCAAAGAAAAAUCUGAUGCGGAAGAAGCCCGUCGUCGUGCCGACAUUGAGAAGCAGAAGCAAUUCAGACAACAACGUCAAGAGGCGCGGGAGCAAUUCCUCAGAGACGAAGAAAAGAGACUACAGGACUUUAACACAUUGCGACAGUGGGAGAUCAUGAAUAGGUUCAAAAACGCAGAGUUGUAUCAUGAAUUCAAUGAAAAUAAACGUAAAGAAAAAGCUCGCAAGACUCAGGAAUAUAAAGAGGACAUUUUAAGGUUAUGGAAAGAGCGUUCGGACCGCGAGGCUCAAGAGCUAGCGGACACCCGCUACUUCUACGGGGAGCUAGCCGAACAGAACAUGAGGGCGGAAGAUGAGAAGCUCCUGGAGCACGCCGCCAGCCUCGUGCUGGAGGCGCAGCAGAACGGAAGACCUGACUAUGCUAUCAGAAAGGCAGUGGACCGCUACUGCCGCAUGCGCCGCCUGUACCCGCUGCCAGCGCUACCCGCGUCCCUGGCGGCGCACUACCCCUCGCCCUCCGCCCCGCCCGCGCCCCUCCCCGCUCUGGCGCCGCCCCUCCGAAGACAUGGCCUUCAGGAACCAGUGGAGGCGAAUACUUCAAAAACGCCAAACGAAGAGCCGAAUGUGGAAUCGGUGGCAGAAUACAAGCGACUGGGCCCAGCUAACGGUCUGCAGAGAAGGACUUCGACGCAAAAUAGUAAUGUUGUUCGUCCCUGCGAGGGACCUGCACUGGGUGGCGACGGUCGCUGCUCACCGUCGCAUGUGACGUCACAGUCGCGCGUCGCCGAGCGCUGUCGCUGCGACACGACGAACCAGCCAAGGAAAUAAAACACGCGAAAAAUAAGAAAAUACAUUUAUUUUAUAAUUAACAUGUGUUUGGAGAGCGUUAGUAUGGCACGUGCGUGUUUGCGGCGGCUGUGCACGUGUGCGGACUAGAACGUAGUUGCUUUGUCAAAUUGUGAGUGUGUGACAGUGUUGCCGUUGCGCAAAACUUAAAAUUUUACUUUAACCUAAAUUUGCUUAUUCUAAUUUAUCUUUGGUCGUUGAGUGUAGAUGUGUUUGUUCGAUUAUGUACGUGAAAGCUGCAAUGACCUAUGUCUAUGAAAAUGAUUUAGGAAUGAUAAAUUUUAAUACCAAGGCACUUUUUCCUUUCCGCCGCCCAUGGACGUCGUCCUGUGGCCUAUUCUUACAAUCGAUACGCCUCGCUUGAAAAAAGUAUGUCCAACGAAUCCGUACCACAGUAUUCACAUACACAUUUAAUAAAAAUAUCCUAAAUAGAAUCGAUCAUUUAUAAUACUGCAAAUUAUUUAAUUCAAUCCAUUCGUUUGGCUUUUACAAACUUUACACGGACAUCAACGAUGGGAAUAUAAAAAUAUAUUUGUUUUGUAUAAAAAUUGUAAUACAAUAAUAAAUAUCAUUUUUUGCUCUCAAAUUGUGGAAUCACAUGAUUUAUUACAAAUGUUUUUUGGUGUAGGUUUGUCUCUAAUUAAAUACUGUUACAAUUGAUGUUACUUUCAUUGGCGUAAUUAUAUUAAAAUUGUUUCUUGGAA